AUGUCAGAAAACCAAGAGGACGUAUCGCCUCCUCAAAACAUAUCGGUCAAAUCAGAGCUAAACUCUAAUAUUUUCAACACAAAACCUAUUUCUACAUCGUCACCUGCAGGGUUGGCAGCGGCUCAAAGGGUGACUCCUGGGAAAUUAUCCACUCUAUUACUAGAAAAGGGACCAUUGGCCAUUAGGCACAUCACGCAAACUUUAUGUCUGGACAUUCCCUGCUUCAAAGAUUUAUCGUCUUCAAAGCAAAGACGACUCAUAAUGAGUGCAAUGGAAAGUGGCGAUAAAGAACGAUCGGUGGUAUUUGAAAAAAUUGGUUGGGGCCAGUGGUCUGCUAAAAAGGUAGACCCAGCUAAUUUUGAUAAGGAGCUGGAAGCGACCAAUUUUGCUAAUUCCAAGGUGAAAGACUUAAUUUCUCAAGAGAGUCAAAGAAGAAAAAGUAACAACUCAAACUCGAAUUCGGGCGGCCACGUUGAAAUGCCAGUUAGAAUCGAACAUAACAAUGCUGGCAUUGACCAUAUCACUACUCCUGCUACUGCCGUCGGUAAUCCUGCUGCUGCCAUUCCUGUUAAUAUCAAACGCAGUAAAUCGCCACUUUCAGCAGCUAACGUGGUCUAUAUAGAUGAAAACGCGCUUGCUUCGGAAGAUGAGGAUGAAGAUUUUGAUGAAGAUGAUCAUCAUUUGCACUAUCAGAAUAAAUCAAGGAACAGCAGUAAUAAUUCUGGAAAGGUUCCUAACAACGAUCCUUAUAGUUUCGGUAGGAGGAGGUCGCAAGUCGUGUUUGCUGAUUCCACCCCUGAAAACAUUGAACAUGAAAUAAUAGCACAAAAGAUCAGACCACUUCUAAGGAAUAGACGCCGUUCCAGUAUAAAGCCACAUACUUCGUUCAUCUCGAAGUUAAACGCGCACCAAGACUCAUCCCAUCUCUCCGCCAGUUCAACUUCAACUACUAUACCAUCAAACAACAGUAGUAGCACUAAUCAAGGGAAAGUAGAUUUAGAAAAAAUAACUGCGACUAGUGAACCAACUUCGAGAAGAGCUUCCCGUUUGUCUGUCUCGAAAGAGUCAAGCAUUAGAUCAACUCUUUUCCCCAAUAAAAAUUAUUUGAUCGUCACGACAAACCCUACCUCAAAAGUUACAUCAGCUUCUACUUCUCCCAAACUAGAAGAUCAGAUAAAUUUGGGUUCAAGCAAUUUAUUGUUAUCGGACAAAGAAAAGCAUAAAAUGACAUUGCCACACCUGAACGGCGAUUCAUCCCCGCAACUUCGUUCCCGUUCCCAUCAUCAACCUCACUCUGAUACAGAUGAAGAAGAUUGGGAAUCGAUUGGCGCUGCCUCUUUAAGGAAUAACAGUUUGGUACCCAAUAUAGAUAGUGUAGCAAGUUCUACCAAUGGCGUGGUUAGUCCAAAACCUACAAAUCCAAAUUUUAUCAACUCUCAGAAUAGAGAAACCGGAUCGCCCUUACAACACGGCCAGCAAAAACACGGCCAGCAGCCAAAAAACGGUGAAGACAACAGCGCUGCCUUUUUAUUGAUGAGUUUAAAAUCCUAG